AUGGCAUCCUAUCCUCUACCUCCCAACCCUUGCCUCGUGGCGAUACUCUUGCUAGUGAAAACCACAUCCGAGCCACGCAUCAUCUUUCAUUACCCACCAAAACCGGGUGAAGACAAUACGCAUUUCACAGACAUGUUUAAAGAGAGCCCUGCGGACGACGAUUCAUCCAGCUCAUCAAGCGAUGACGAAAGCCAAGACUCUUCAACAGAGAUCCCCAAACCUAUUGAGCCAAAGGGGGAGAAUGGCACGGGGAAAAGUACUCCCGAAGUGGAUGAAUAUGGCUCUGCGUCACCAGAGAAGAGCGAUGGGUUGAAAGGGGUUAAGGCGAAGCUACAAUGGAACGAUCUAUUCGGCUACCAGUCUAGUGUUCUGUCCAAGGUGCUACUACCUGCUGUGAGCUGUCACAAGAAGAGGUUCGAAGUUGGCCUGAACGACAAGGUAUUUCUGGGCCGCCCGGUUUUUGCGAGGCCGGAGGGUACCUGGAAGAAACCAAGGAAACCGAGAAGGUCGUCUAGCAAAAGUGAUGUGACUGCAGAGAAAGUCAAGGAUGUCCGGGAGCAGGGCAAGGGCACCAAAGUAGAGACGUUUGAUUAUGCGAACAAGGACAGUGGGACAUCAGGCGUCGACACUCACUUGGAGAGCCAGUCGGACUCCCAUCGAGAUGAAGACACACUGAAGAAGGAAGAUGCGAUCGAGGACGGAGAGCCUGUUGUACAGACACCAGACACGAAGAGUAAUAGAACUAGCAAGUCAGAUAUGCUCCCAUUAAUCAAGGAAAAACAGAAGCCUCUGGCAAUGUUUCACGUCGUCUUCGUGCUCCGGCCGCCACCGCUUGAAUAUCACCUACGGGUGAAAGAGAUGUACGACAAUGUCACCAAGAAACUUUCUAAGGCUUUGAAGUGGGAGCAAACUCGUUCAGGUUAUGUGGCGAGGGAAACAGCUGUGAUCACAUCAUUGACAAAGCAUAUGGACAAAUCAAACAGCGAAAAGCAAAACCUGGCAACUUUGUAUCACGACAUAAUCUCGCGGUCUAGUCUCGCGAAAGCCAUAUCAACCCUCUACAACAGCAUCACCGCUUCUCAAAUCGCCCAUAUCAGUUUGAGUCCAGCCUUGUCUCUAUCUCUCCAGAUCCCGUUCCCCACCUCCAUCUCAAUCCUCCCAACCGCACUCGCGCCCCAGCUGCCCGGCCUCUGGCUGACGACCGCCAAUUCCAUGCCAACGGACGACGACGUCCAGGGUAACGGGCCCCAACUAGGGGCACAUUUCACCCUUUUGUUGCUAUCAGACCUUCAUUCAAUCAUGGCAGAUAUCAAUGCCACCGCAUCGCCCAUCACUGGACCUUUGACCCAUUACCUCCGGGUCACCACAUCCAACGAAUCCUUCCUGCAAAUCUCCCAAUCCUCAGGAAUCCCCCUCACCGAGAUCCAAUUCCUCGCCUCCCACCUCAUAUACUGGCGGCGUGCCCGAGCAAUCCCACCACUCCACCAACGCGACGUCUACAUAGUAUCACCGAAUGCCGACAUGCGGAAUUUGGCAACCGCAUCUCAGAACUUUGCCAAGCUCUUUCCUGCGCUUCCACCACUACCCAAGAUUCUCUACAUGCUCUCGCACACGCCGAGACCAUACUCAGCUCUCAUCCCCAGCAAAGACCACAAGCCAACCUACAUGGAUAUCUUGGCCUGGCUGAUGCGUGGAGGCUGGGUGACUCAGCUCCGAACAUUUGCAUGGGUGCGAGUACCAGCCGAUAUUAAGGAAGCUGUGGCCAAGGAGACAGUGAUGAACGCAUCACGCAAGAAGAAAUUCUCAGAAACCGAGAGCACCGACGAGACCGACACCGACACCUCCAGCGCCAGCAGCACAAACCUAAGCGUGCCCCCUCCCCACACAUCCUCUGCUUCCCCCUCCCCCACCUCAAGCACCCACACCACCCUCCCCAUUCCCCAACCCACAACGCCCCACACCCCCUCCCUAAUCCCAAACCCGCGUCUCGCAUCCGCCCUCCCCUCUCGCUACCUCUCCGCCCUAUCAGCGUACGUUCUAAACACUCAAGGCGUCGACGCGCAAUCGGCCUGGGAUAUAUGCGUCAAUUAUUUCGACGGACAUCAUGCCAUUGAGACCAUUCCGGUCCGAGAGGGGUGGAAACGGAAGAGGGUUGCGGAGCUGAUGGGGGCAUGGGAGGGGAUGGGAUUGGUGGUCAGGGGGAAGCAUUGGUAG